GGUGUUACCUAGGUGAAGAAUCCAUAGUAGUAACACAAAGAUUUUAAACAUGGCGAUUGGCCUCGACCGACGCAAACAAACAGCAGCAAUCCGACGACGCUUCUGACGCUCUCAAGUUACACAACAAACUUUCAUGCCCAUUCUCGAAGGUGGGCUUCAUAGACAAAAUGUCUUACUACUUCGAACACUGAGGGAUGUACCUCGUACUGCGCAUAGGACGUUCCGAGUGCAUACAGGAAGGCGCACGUUUACUGUUCUCGGCUUCGAGAGCUCAGCGGAUGACACCUGUGCAGCCGUCAUGACAUUCUCACGUCAAAUGCUUUCAAACGUUGUGAAGCAGCACGAUCUGUGAGCCCC